AUGGAGCUCCUGCUGUUCUUCGCCUCGCUGCUGCCGCUUCUGGCCCACGCUGCGCCCUCGCGCCAGUCUAACCCGCUUUGGUAUGACCAAGGCCUCUACGGCGCAUAUCCUUGGCGCGAGUAUCUCUCUUUCGACCUCGCCUCGCCCCGCGUCAACCUCCUCACCGAGAGCACGCAAUGCGAUCCUGGCCAUGUCUUUCUCGAGCCCCGUGGCCGAUCCGUCUCCACCCCGGGCCCCAUGAUCCUCGAUGCCGACGGCAGUCUCGUCUACAUGGAGAAGAAGUUCGGCGAGGUCAUGGACUUCAGGCCUCAGUCCUACCUGGGAGAAACCUAUCUUACCUUCUGGUCCGGAACCGAUGAUGGCACCCACGGCCGCGGCACCUACUACAUGCUCAACUCCUCAUACGACAUCGUGCACACCCUUACCCCCGCCAACGGCCUGGAGGGCGAUCUGCACGAGUUCGAGCUCACCCCCGACGGCACCGCGCUGCUGACCAUCUACGAGAUUGUGCCCGCCGACCUCACCUCCGUCGGCGGGCCGGCCGACGGCUGGAUCUACGACGGCCUCUUCCAGGAAAUCGACGUUGCCACGGGCGCGCUGCUGUUCGAGUGGCGCGCGUCCAGCCACUAUGCCGUCAACGAGUCGUUCGCCCCGCUGAAAUCGCACGGCCGCAGCGCCGACGACGCCUGGGACUUCUUUCACAUCAACAGCGUCGACAAAGACCCGGCCACGGGGCUGUACUAUGUCUCCGCGCGCUAUACGCACACCAUCACCUGCAUCUCGCCCGAAUCCCAAAAUGGAACCGUCCUCUGGCGCCUCGGCGGCGCCCGCUCUUCCUUCACCGACCUCUCCAACGGCACCGCCUCCGACUUCUCCUGGCAGCACCACGCCCGCCACUACCCCGGCCCCAACGGAACCAGCAUCGUGACCAUCUUCGACAACGGCGCCUACGACAACAACGACCACCUCGCCACCCCCCACGGCCACAGCCGCGGCCUCGUCGUCCGCCUCGACACCACCACCUCCCCGGCCAACAUGACAGCCACCCUAGUCGCCGCCCUCGUCAGCCCCGCCCGCAUCCUCGCCCACUCGCAAGGCUCGGUCCAACUCCUCCCCAGCGGCAACUACUUCGUCGGCUGGGGCCACUCGGCCGCGUACACGGAGUUCCGCGUCCCCGAAACGGGGGGCGAGGCGGACGUCGAAGAGAGCGCCCAAGUCCGGCCCCAGGUCCUGUGCGACACGCACUUUGGCGCCGCCGCCUUCUUCGGCUGGGGCUGGGUCAAGUCGUACCGCGCGUUCAAGAGCGGCGAGUGGAAGGGUUUCCCCAACACGCGGCCGGACGUCGCGGUGAGCAGGAACCGGUUGUAUGUCAGCUGGAACGGGGCGACGGAGGUGAGACGGUGGCGGUUGAUGGGCGGCGCUGCGGACGCGGCGAAGGAUGAUGAUGCGGAAGCGGAUGGUGAGGACAAGUGGGUGGUUUUGGAGGAGGUGGAGAAGAGUGGGUUCGAGGGCAUGUUGCAUCUGGCGCAGGCGGGGAGGGAGGUCGAAGUCGUGAGGGUGGAGGCGUUGGAUGAGGCAGGGACUGUGUUGGGGGUCAGUGCGGUGGUGGACCGGAAGAGUGGGAUGAUGGUUGGCGGCGCUUUCGAACCGAUGCAAGACCGCGACACCGUCGCUCUGCAGCUGCUGCUCGCUGUCCUGGCCUGCAUGACGUUCGUCCUUCUUAUUUGGGCUUGCUGGAUCCCGGUGAGACGUCCGCUUGCAGACCGGGCGGGGUCCUAUCGGAGAGUACGACUGUGA